AUGGCUGCGAGAACUGAGCCGUCGUCUGUUUACCUCGAUACCUCUGGAACGGUUAUCACAGACGUCACGAUAUGCUUCUGCUCCACACAUGAGAGCCCUUCUAAUUGCGAACAAUGCGCGUUGGAUGGAAGAAAUUGGCAUCGUAAAGAGAAGGAUCUUUAUCUACACAGCGCCAAGCAGAGUGCAUGGUUGCACGUGGCGCAAACCAAAGAGACAGAUCUCAGACCUGAUGACUUAGUCCUCACCGACAUCAGAGUUGGCGAGCCUGCUAAUGGCGACGAUAAGUCGUGGGAAAAUCGAGCUGCCGACAUCUGGGUGCGGAGAAGUAGCUACGAUGGAGAUAUUCAACAAGCGGUGACCCACAUAGAUGUUCUUUUUGGUUCAGAUGCUGUUGAUCCAAGACCGCAAUGGAGAAUCAUGGAAGCAUCACUCCAGUUGAAAGCCAAGCCAGAAGUGCCAGUAGCAAGAUUAAGUAUACUGAAAGGUAGAUCACACGCAAAGCCUAGUGGCCAUCGGCCAGUGUUGCGAGCCCGUUUAGAUGGAACUUUCAAGAUCCUACAGAUAUCUGACACGCACAUGGUUACUGGUGUUGGUGUCUGCAAAGAUGCUAUUGAUGGUGAAGGGAGAGCACUGCCUGCAAGCGAAGCGGAUCCCCUCACUGUUAACUUUCUCGGAAAGAUCCUGGAUGAGGAGAAGCCAGACCUUGUGAUUCUUACCGGAGAUCAAUUGCAUCAUGAUAUCCCUGAUAGCCAGUCGGCGCUCUUCAAGGUCGUUGCUCCCUUGAUCGAGCGGUCGAUACCGUGGGCUGCUGUCUUUGGCAACCAUGACAGUGAGGGGAGCUAUGCGUUAUCUCGGGAGGCGCAAAUGAGAAUACUCGAGGACUUGCCUUUCAGCCUGUGCCAGUCUGGGCCUGAGAGCAUCGAUGGCGUAGGCAAUUACUAUCUUCAGAUCAUGGCUCCUGCACCAUCACAGACCUCACUAUCAACAUUAUAUCUCCUGGAUUCCCAUGGACAAAUAGCGAGUAAGAUCCACAAUCCAGACUACGACCCAAUCAAACAAAGCCAGAUCGACUGGUUCACAUCUACUUCACAAAGACUCAAGAAAGAGCACGACGGAGAUGGCAAUCAUCUGUCUCUGGCAUUCCUACACAUACCUGUUCCCGAAUAUGGAGACCGGAGUCUCAUCACCAGGGGUGGUAAACGACGAGAACCGACGGAGGGGCCUAGUUUUAAUUCCCACUUCUACGACGCCCUCAUUCGAGAAGACAUCUCUGCCCUAGCGUGUGGCCAUGAUCAUGUCAAUGACUUUUGUGCGCUAUUGCCUCGGAAACAAGAUGACCCGCUACAAGACGCCUCUCAUUUGGGUCCUUGGCUUUGCUAUGGUGGUGGCAGUGGAUUUGGAGGAUAUUGUUCUUACGGUAGGAAGCGGUUUCAUCGACGAACGAGGGUUUGGGAGAUUGAUACGAGCUGUGGAGACUUGAAGACUUAUAAGCGUCUGGAGUAUUCUGAAGAAAAGAUUGAUGAGCUUGUGCUGGUUGAAGGUGGCAAGGUGGUUUGUCCACCUGACGAGGCGAAUGAAAAUAUAGGCUUGGGUUCCCUUCUGAGAGAAUGCGUAGUGAAUUGA